AUGUAAAUAAACAACUGUUGGUUGCCUAGUUUUUGGAAAUUUUGUUGUCAAAAGUGCGAGAGAAAAGUGCGGGCCAAAUCCAAGUUACAGUGCAAGGAUCAAUACAUUAAAAAUUAUUUUUUGCUGAGAUUUCAUAGAAAAAUCGCACUUAUUCUGUUCACUUAUUCAAGAUGCCAAGAAGGGGAGGUAAACAAUCCAAAGAUCCCAAGUUCGUGGCCAAGCGCCUGGAGCGCAAGCAAAAAGUGGCGAUUCGCCAGAAAAAGCAGGCCCCAAUCGUGCGGAAUGCCAUGCGGAACAAAGACUGUCCCCCGCAGGAACUCCGGAAACUGUUGCGUCGAGUGCCGGACGUGCUCGCCCACAACCCGAACUUCCAGGUCGUGCGCUUCUGUCUGCCGGACUAUCCGCGCCAGUGGAUCCAGCAGGAGGAGGAGGUGGACCCGUUUGCCGCGUACAUCAACGACGCCUUCCGGGGACAGAACUACGUGCGGUGGCCGCUGGACGUGCAUUUGACCGGAGGUUACGUGCUGGUUCUGCUUCCGGACGGUCCUAGUGCAGAGUUUGCGCGCUCGUUGCUGCCCGGCUUGCAGGGUUUCUUCGGAACGGGAAUUCGAGAGCCCAGCUGGCAGGAGGUCGAGCGGUUCCACGCCAGCUGGUCCGACCGGAGCCCGGGAAUGUUUUCGCGCCACCAGAAGAGACCGCAGCAGGAUUGAAGGGGGUUAUUUGAUGAAUUUUGAUGCAAAUAAAUAGGAUUAAAGGACUUCUUUA